AUGUCGGAAUCUGAUUUGUCGUCAUCCAGUCAUGCAUCUUAUAAUCUGACUCCAUUUGCAAUCAAGACGAUUUUAAAAUCCAACGGUAUGCAUCAAAUGGCCUCGCCAGACAAUGUUUCUUACGGGAAAAAAAUUGCGGAAAAAAUAUGGAAUUUACGCAGCUCUUUGAAAGAACAGGAGAAGACUUUGGAGUUGCCCGAAACACUGUCUGCUUACAAAAUUGCACACCCUCCGAUUCUAAUAGACUUUUUUGAUGACAUGAUCUCGACUUUUUAUAUAAAACGCAAGGAA